GCUGCAUUUUUUUCCGAAUGGCGGCUUAAAGUCACAGUUGGAAAUAUUAAUGUAAAAUCGCUUUAAUAAUGCCCAAAACAUAGGCUGUGCAUCCCAUGGCCAUUGUUUGUGCAAUGUUACUUUCAUUCACUCUGUUUAACCCUCUGGGGUCGAGAGCUCCGCCGGCGGAGCUCGACAAGAUUUCGUUGCUAUUUGGAUGAAUAACUUCGCGAGCUUUUAUCAUACGGACACAACAAAGACAUUGACAUGAACCUUUGAAUCGUGGCAUUCCAAUGUGCCCAUUGACAUAAUAAUAUGAAUUGUUUUAAGCUAUUUAAAAUGAGAUCAAACAGACCAUUGCCAUGUGCUAAGUCUUUCUCAUUAAUAUGUGAUUUUCGCUCGGCAGUAAGUACGCCCAGACCACAUUCACAAGAUAAUGACAUGCUAAUUGCUAUCGAUGGCAGGGGAGGGGCGAUGCGUUUAUGUGCGAGAGCGCCUACUGUAAACAAGGAUAAAAUAGGGGCGACAUAGCUCAGGAGGUAAGACCGAUUGUCUGGCAAUCGGAGGGUUGCCGGUUCAAACCCCGCCCUGGGCAUGUCGAAGUGUCCUUGAGCAAGACACCUAACUCCUAUCCCCUAACUGCUCUGGCGAAUGAGAGGCAUCAAUUGUAAAGCGCUUUGGAUAAAAGCGCUAUAUAAAUGCAGUCCAUUUACCAUUUACCAAAAUGUCACACAGAAGCAUAGCCCACGUCUUCUCGGGCAAUCCUUACAUUUCAUUUCGGAAAAUGGCACGAAUGACUGGACUGGAUGUUCUUCAUGCUUUGUGGGAGAGCGACCAUGAAGACGCGAACUCAUCAGGUCCGGACACUGAAGCUGACACUGAUGAAGAACGGUGUCAUUUCGAACUGCGAACUGAUCCAGCUGAGGAUCAACUUCAUGAAGAUGCUGAUCAGGUAACACGGCCUAGUUUACCACCUGCUAAGAGGCGACGCAAGCGUGGCAAGAGGACACCAGUCAGCAAGCAGCAAGCAGCUCAGCCAGCUCGGUCAUGGAAAACUGAGAAAUCUGCUGAUGUGGCCCCACCGGUGAUGCGUUUCCGUCCUGCGCGGCAACCUGGAGUGCAGCUGAGCUCGGCAGAAGCCCACACUCCUCUGGAUUUGUUCAAACUAUUUUUCUCUACAGAUGCUGUCAGGACACUGUGCAAGAACACCAACGAGCAUGCUGCCAGGGCAAUAGCAAAAGGGAGCAAGUAUAAAUGGACUGACAUUGGGAUAGAGGAAUUCUACAGGUACAUUGGACUGAUUUUUUACAUGGCCAUGGUAAAGCUGGACCAAAUCAGAGAUUACUGGUGGCAAAGUAGCAUUUUCUCUGUCCCAUUCCCAGCAACCGUAAUGACAAGGGACAGAUACAGAACUAUUUGCUGGAAUGUACACGAGUGAUGCAGACAAGGACCAAGAAAAUGACAGGAAGCGUGGCACACCGCAGCAUGACAAACUUUUCCGGGUCAGGCCUCUCAUGGACACAAUUCAGCAAAGCCUGCAAAGCCGUCUAUCAUCCUCGCAGGAACCUUGCAGUGGAUGAAAGAAUGGUAGCAACCAAAGCAAAGACUGGUAUGACACAGUACAUGAAAGAAAAGCCAACAAAGUGGGGUUUCAAGUUGUUUGUGCUUUGUGACUCCAGCAAUGGAUACACUGUGGAUUUUGCUGUGUACACAGGAAAGAACAGCUUUCAGACAGGACAAGGACUUUCAUAUAACUCUGUAAUGUCACUUGUGAAUCGUGCAUUCUUGGGUUCCGGAUAUUAUGUGUACAUGGACAAUUUCUAUACGAGCCCAAAGCUCUUCAGGGACUUGUAUGGACAAAACUUUGGUGCUUGUGGGACAUAUAGGGAGAACAGGAAGGAAUGUCCACGCACUGCAUGUAAUGCUCUGACUAAGAAGUCAGGAAGAGGAGCUUUACGGUGGAUAAGGGAUGGUCCUCUGGUUUUUGUGAAGUGGAUGGACACACGAGAGGUGUCUGUCUGUUCCACCAUCCAUGCAGCAUUCACUGGGGACACAAUACAGCGGAGGGUGAAGCAAGAUGGUGUCUGGAUUUCAAAGAACUUUCCAUGCCCAUCACCUAUCAUCCAGUACAAUGCACACAUGGGGGGUGUUGAUCUGUCUGACCAACUGAUACAGUAUUACACAACACAGCACAAAACAAUGAGAUGGUACCGGAAAUUGUUUUUACAUUUCUUGGACAUUGCUGCCACAAAUGCAUACAUCCUACAUAAAGAACUGUCAUCAUUGGGACAACAGGAAGCAAUGCCUCACAAGGCUUUCAUGGAGGAGCUCACUGCGCAGCUGUGUGGCGUCUCACAGAAGGCACCUAAUGUAACAAGACGGGAAAGUUAUGGUCAUGUGCCUGUGCCUACAGCCUCGCAGACUCUGGAUGCCAGCAAGGUGGCUUCAAUUGGUCGCAAGACAUGCAAACUCUGCAGGAUGGACUUCGGGAAAAAACAGAACACUCCAUGGAAGUGCAAGGAGUGUGAUGUCCCCCUGUGUUUACAGCCAGACAGGAACUGUUUUGCAAAAUGGCACUUGCAACUUUGAAAGAUUAUACACAAAAUAUAUAAAAUAAUGGUGUAUAUUGUGUAGGUGCUCUUUUAAUGCUCUUUUACAUUAAGCACUUUUUAUAUUCAUUGGCUUUUGUGUUUGUUGUUUUGUAAGGCACUUGUGGCAACCAUUCUGGAGUCAAAUUGUGUGUGUGAAGCAGAAAUAUUGGGUUUAUAUUGUGUAAAUGCUCUUUUAUAUUAUGCACUUUGCCUAAUAAAGUUGAUUCUGAUUCUGAAAUAA